CUUUUCUUUUCUUUUCUUUUUUCCGUUUCAUCCAGAACUGACCUGCCCUAGCUCGACCAUUUUGGACCAAACUCGGACUUAAACCCUCGAUCCAUCCGUAAAUUUUCGGGGUGAGGUCAGGGCUACUGCUCUACGCGGUAGUCUACAGCAUUGUAGUUCCAAGUUCCAACCCUAAUUAACAGAUCCGCAAGGCGCAUCAGUAGCGCACAACCCAUUUUGCAUCGAUGCGGCACCGACCCGAUCACUCCUCCUCCUCCGUCGCAGGCGCCGGCGCCGGCGCCGGCGCUGGGGCGUCCGCCGCCGCCUCCGAUCUGGACUCCUUGGACCCGAUCCUCCACGUCCUCCGCGUGCUGCCCUACUCCCUCCUGCGCGCCCCGCGCACCCGCCUCAAGCUCCCCUCGUCCCUCUCCCUCCCCUCCUCCGCCGCCGUGCUCUCCUUCGUCCUCCUCACCUACUUCGCCGUGGUAUCCGGCCUCGUCUACGACGUGAUCGUCGAGCCCCCCGGCAUCGGCAGCACGCAGGACCGCUUCACCGGCGCCGUCCGCCCCGUCGUCUUCCUCCCCGGGCGCGUCAACGGCCAGUACAUCAUCGAGGGCCUCUCCUCCGGCUUCAUGUUCCUCCUCGGCGGCCUCGGCCUCAUCCUCAUGGACCUCGCCCUCGACCGCAACCGCGCCCGCAGCGUCCGCCUCUCCUUCGCCUCCUUCGGCGUCGCCGCCGUCGCCUUCGCCUACGUCAUGGCCAUGCUCUUCAUCCGCAUCAAGGUCCCCGGAUACCUCUGGUGAGCUCGCAUUCCCGAACAAUGAAAAAAAAGAAUCACUUUGCAUUUAGCUUUCAUUAGAAUUGCGGAAUCUUCGCUUUCUUUUGGACUAAAGUAUUAUCAGAAUUAUUAGACCCUAAAGUAGUUGGUUGAAUAUGUAUUCUUGCUUGAAUGGAUCUUAAUGAUCCUCAAAUUACUGAAGAUUUGUUUUUUAAGAAGAGAACUCUGUUAGUGCGGAAGAUUUGUCGCCUUUCUUUCUUUCACUGUGUUUUCUCUGUUGUAGUGCUCUGUGGUAAUUAACAUUUUAGAUGGUUAGCA